AUGACUCGAGGUACCGUUCCAUGCCGCUGUGAUCUCUGCAGAACCGGUAAACAAGCAAUUAAAUCCGACGACCCUUCCAUGGAGAGACUUCGACGCAAGCCUGGCCCCAAGCCUAAGCAGAAAGUUGGUGGAGGGAGCGCAUCCACAAAUGGUGUAGGAGGCAAACCCGGGCGUCCAAAGACGAAGAAAUGUAUGGCUGAGGAUGAGGAGGGGACACCAGACGUGUUCAAGACUCUGGUUUUCAAGUUACAAGAAAGAGGCAGCAUCGAUCAACCAAUUAAGGAGCCAUUAAGCAUGGACUGGAGAGCGCAACGCAACACACUACAAGAACACCUAACCAGAACGUUUAUGCAACACUCGUUUAUCCCCCGCCUUGGCGAACUUGUUCUAUGGUGCUACUCCUUCCAGGGAACAGAACUUAGGUUCAACUGGUCAACUGAAAGCUUCGAAAUGUAUUGCCGCAAAAAUAAAAAAUUCCUUGGCAUCCCCGAAUGGCGAGCAGGCACUGUUGCGCAAACGGCUGAGGAACCUCCUAUUCUUGAAGAUAUAAUUACAGAAACCAAGAAGAAAUUUGCCGUCAACACAUCUGGUUUCCGGAUAGAGACAUUCCCCGACCCUAAUAGCACUAAUAAGAACCUCUCGCGCCAAUACAAAUACGUACCGCUGAACUGCAUUCGGCCCCUGAACUACUGGCAGAUAUUUCUACAGGGAGUCGACCCUGACGACUAUCACCCAUCUAUUAAAAACGCGCUCACAAUCAUGUCUUCUUGCUCGGUGGUCAACAAGUACCAUUUCAAGGGGGUGUGGCCGGACGCAACGGUAUAUUGUAAAGGAAUAUUUAUUGGUUCUGAACUCCUAAUAAGAGGAGACGGCGUCCGACUCAUGCCACGGCAAAAAUCAAUUUUGGCAGAUCAACAUCAUCAGGUUACCGAUGUGUUAGUCAUAGAGAGCAUCCAGGUCAAGCUCAGAAACUGUGACGCUGACCUUAACUCUCCCCUGCUAUGUCAGUCAACAGCAGUUCGCCUCGUUGGCAAAGCUUACACCCUCUCACCGAAGAAUGCCUAUAAAGAGCCGAAUUCGAUCGGAACUCCGAGCCCUCUCACCUAUGAGGAAGUCAUCGACUCUUUUGAGUGCGUGGGAAUGCGUGGCUAUGGCAAAUGGUACCGCAUGCAACCAGAGAAGCAUCAAAUUCAAAUAUCUCUAGAUCACGUUGUUGGCCGAUGUUACGAAUCAGAGCUCAUGUCUCUCAUGUUCGAUGACCUCUCGCUCGGAUUAGAUAUGGAAGGAGUCAUAGCAGGCCGCGAAUAUGGCCGCUUGACGGAUCAGCGAUUAGCCCCUGACAAAGAGUGGUUCUUCGGAGAUUCCAGGGUCGAGACGCUUGCCCUGGAAAGCUUGAAUUUGGAGGAAGUUGGCAUAUACGAUGACUCGAGGGAUCCCAAGAUGUUCCGUGCAAACCUGCGCAUCAUUGACGGGACCGCGAACGGGUCAGAUAUCAGAGAUGCCAAAAUUCCCCGCACGAUGGGCAGGCCACUGGCGGGGCCCAUUGGCAGCAGCACUAAGUCGUCUACUUUUAAAAACGUGGGCAAGAUGAGUUCGCUGGUCACUAGCGCGCUUGGGCCAUUGGAGCCUUCGGCAAACCAGACUCCCAUAGAUCUUACGUCUGUUGCUGCUUCGGACGUUAGUGAGAGGAGCGAGAGUGACGAGAGCGAUGACCUACAGGUCAUUCUCGCGCAGGCGCCUUUGGUCCGCGGUGGAACUGAAGAGAGUGAGGGCGGUGAUUAUAAGCCGUACGCUCCAAAGUCAAAACGAACUAAAUACAUGUAA